UGUUUUCUUUGAAUUCAAAUGUCGCGCCUCGUGUACCGUUUAGUAACUUUGUUACCGCAAUGUUGGUACUUUCGAAAUCGAUAACCCGAUUGUUUGUGAGUGCGUCUAAUGCCGGUGUUUUUGUGUGAUUAGAAUCAUUAUAUAAUGGCAAGAGGCGGGAUUAGAGGCAGAGGAGGAAUGAAUCGUGGAAUUGGAAGACCCCCAUACAAAGUCAAGAUGUUUCUGCCAAGACAUCCCUUCGAUUUGGCCCUUUGUGAGUCAUCUUUUCCACGUGUUAAACCCGCCCCUGAUGAAACAGCAUUCACACAAGCUUUAUUAAAGCGAAAUGUCGAUUUGUCACCCACGCCGGCCGAACAAACCGCCAUUCUUAACCUGGUUACGAAAAUACAAACGGUUUUGGACAACCUGGUCGUGGCCCCCGGCGCCUUCGACGCUUGCCAAUUGGAAGAGGUGCGACAGGUGGGUUCGUUCAAAAAAGGGACGAUGGUAACUGGCCACAACGUGGCCGACAUUGUCGUAAUCUUGAAGACUUUGCCCACGCGGGAAGCCGUCGAAGCCCUUGGCAACAAAGUGAAGGAAGAUUUGAAGAAUUUAAUGAAGAGCGAAGUUGUGACCAAAGGCGAACAACUCAACCACACGACCAACGAGCGCGGGAUUGAAAUCAGCAAUAGUUUUGCUUGUGUCCGUGUCAUGGUAACAACCUUACACCAUAACAUUCGUAAAUUGGACCCUGAGAUCCAUUUGGACCAAAAAAUCAUGUUGAGCCACUUGGCCGCGAUCAGACACAGCCGUUGGUUUGAGGAAAACGCCCAUCACUCAUCGAUUAAAGUGUUAAUUCGUUUGUUGAGAGACAUUCGUUCGAGAUUUGAAGGUUUCGAGCCGUUGACUCCAUGGAUGUUGGAUUUGUUGGCACAUUUUGCUAUCAUGCAUAAUCCAAGUCGACAGGCGUUGCCAAUUAAUGUCGCCUUUAGGAGGGUUUUCCAGCUGUUGUCCGCCGGGUUGUUUCUGCCGGGGUCAGCGGGGAUUACUGAUCCUUGUGAAGGGGUUAGUUUGCGGAUUCAUACGGCGAUGACGUUGGAACAGCAAGAUAUUUGCUGUUUGACCGCGCAGACUUUGUUAAGGGUGCUGUCGCACGGGGGGUAUAAGCAUAUUUUAGGGUUGGAAGGUAAUGCGACCAUUGCGAAGGAAAUGUCGGUUUGGGACGGGGUGGUGGUCUCACCCCUUGAUAAAGCGUAUGAGAAUCCACCGGAGAAGAAGGAAGGGGAGGAAGAGGAUGAGGAUAUGGAAGCUGAAGGGGAUGAAAGUAUGGAAACUAUUGAUAAUUAGGUAUUGUCGCACUUAUUUGUAUAUUUCGUGAAAAUAUAAUCUUGAUUUCUUA